GGGGGUGAGGGAGGUGGGGAUAAACGAAAAAGCACGAGGCAGGCGGAGAGCGAGAGAGCGCCAGGAAGAGACUGAGGCGAGGGGGCUGAACAAGCAUGCCUUUUAUAUGUACUAGUCACUGAGACACCCAGAGAGGGAGAGGGAGCAGCUGAAGGCAGAGACAACUGGUGUGUGCACAGCUUUCCCUGGAGGAAAUGGAAAGAAAGGAGCUUCGGCGAGGAGAGAGGGAAGGAGGGUAGCGCGCCCGCCCGCUCGAUAGAGAGACACAGACGAGGAGAGAGAGAGAGAGAGCGGGCGGGAGAGAGAGAGAGAGGGGCUGCAAGAGAUUCUCACACUGGCUGUGUCCUAAUCCGAGUCCAUCUCCUGGAGGCAGCGGAGCAGAGUGUUAGUGAAGUGAGUCUAAGAGGCGAGGAGAGGUACAUCAGCUAGCUCACACACACACACAUGCACACACUUGGAGUCCACAAUCUGUCCGGCUUUGCUUCUGUGAAAGUGAAAGACUGAGGCGCAAGGGGUUGUCAGACGCUGCCCUGGUCCCGAACCCAUUGGACUCCACAAACACACACACAUACUUAACACACACGCACAAACGGUGAUUGUUUACUGUGUUUAGGAUCGAGGUGGUGGGGCGGGGUGGGGGGCACCCAGGACAGGGCAGAGCUGGGGGCACCGGACAAGAGGACGAGACAAAGUGGAUCCGAUCACAAGCAGCACAUCCAAAGCUGGAAAUGCCCGUCAGGUCCGUGUCUGUCAGCUCGCCCGCCAAUCAAAGCCUUCGUUAAGAGUGGCGUGGGCGCCCCAUUGGAAGAAGGAUGGCCACCAUGCCGUUUGUCAGUGAGGGGAAGUGUGUGAGCGUGGAGUGGGAUUUCCUGCAAGGACUUCUGGCCAAGCCUCCUACCCUGCCCUGUCUGCAAAACCUGCGCAAAGAGAAGUCGCGCAAUGCAGCCCGGUCGAGACGCGGGAAGGAGAACUUUGAGUUCUUCGAGCUGGCCAAGAUGCUGCCCUUGCCCGGCGCCAUCACCAGCCAGCUGGACAAAGCCUCGGUCAUCCGGUUGACCAUCAGCUACCUGCACAUGCGCUCCUUUGCCAGUCAGGGGGACCCGCCCUGGUGCCCCCUGCUGGAGGGAGACAGCAACUGCAGCAAAGUGAGACGGUCUUCCCGUUCUCUGGCCACUGACAUCUUUGAACAACACCUCGGGGCACAUCUCCUGCAGUCUUUGGACGGCUUUGUGUUUGUGGUCAGCCAGGAGGGACGUUUUCUUUACAUCUCAGAGACAGUUUCUAUCUACCUGGGACUCUCGCAGGUGGAGCUGACGGGCAGCAGCGUGUUCGACUACAUCCACCCGGCCGACCACGUGGAGAUGGCCGAGCGGCUGGGGAUCAGGCCCCACUUGCGGGCGGAGGCCGGCUGCCAAGUGGGCCCCGAGAGCGCGCCCUCAAGUUCGGCCUCCGCCUCCUCCCUGGCCGGCACGCCCGAGCCCAGCGCGCCAUCCAGUCCUCACUCUUCCGCUGAUGAACCUCCCGAUCGCGGAUUCUUCAUUCGCAUGAAGUCCACGCUCACCAAGAGAGGGCUGCACGUCAAAUCGUCCGGAUACAAGGUGAUCCACGUGACGGGUAGAAUCCGCUAUCGGCUCGCCAUCGUCCCCGGCGCAGCACGUUCCAUGCCCCGGCCGUUGGGGAUGGUGGCACUGGCUCACACGCUUCCGCCUUCCACGCUCAACGAGGUCCGCAUGGAGAGUCACAUGUUUGUCUUCAGGGUCAACAUGGACCUGCAGGUCACGUACUGCGAGAACAGGAUAUCUGACUACAUGGACCUGACGCCCGCAGAGGUGGUGGGGCGCACCUGUUACCAUUUCAUCUAUGUGGAGGAUCUGGAGAACCUGCGGCAGAGCCAUGAAGACUUGUUGCGGAAAGGCCAGGUGGUGACGGGCUACUACCGCUGGCUCCAGAAGCGAGGCGGCUACCUGUGGAUCCAGUCCACCGCCACCGUGUCCAUAAAUCACAAAGCACCCCACGAGCGCAACGUCAUCUGGGUCAACUGCGUCCUCAGUCCAACGGAGCUGCCCGACACUCCUCUAGAUCUGCUGCAGCUGCCGGAGAACGUCAGAGCCGAGCGACUUCGAGUGAGCUCCCCUCCCACAAACACCUCCCCGCAGGGCCGAGGCUCCCAGCCAGCAAAGAGCUCAGCGGGGAAGAGCGACCCUGACACGAAAACCCGGGAGAAGUUCACCGCCGCCGCCGCCGCGCAAUCCGAGAGCAGGAGGAAACGCCUGCUGAGGGCCGAGCCCGAGGGCGCCCCCCCUGAGAGUCGCCGCCGUCUGGACGAGCUGCGGCACGCCGAGGAGAGCGUCUCGGCCUCCUCGGACCUGGCCAGCGAGAGCGAGGGCGAGGAGGAGGACGAGGAGGAAGACGAGGAGCCCGAGUGGGAGCAGGGGGAAGACGGCGACAAAUUGAAACAAGAAGACGGCGGUGGAGGGAAGCCGAGCAGGGGGGCGGACGCCCCGACGAGAGGCGACAGAGGAGGGCGGGUGCACAACGGGAGAGCUGUGAUCCAGCAGCUAAAGAGCGUGGUGACCCCGUCCGCCAGCAUCAAGACUGAACACGAGGCCCUGGCCACCGGGGGGCGCUGGGGCUCUCACAGCAGCCAGCCCCAACCCUCUCACGCACACACCCCCUCCAGCAGCCUCAACGGCGACAGCCCCAACACCCCGAUGCCGGACUCCUCCUCCAGCAGCGAAGCCCCCCCGAAAGGCCUCUUCACCCCUCCCUCCCCGGCCUUGUCACCCGUCAUGCCCGUGUCGUCCCCCCUGCCGCGUGAGGAGCGAGCGGCGCCGGGGGCGGUCGGUCGGGGCGGCGGCGGCCCCGACUUGGAGCUCCUCCAGAGACUUGCCGCGGGGGGCGCAGCGGGACGGGUCCUCUUCCACCCCCUGGCCCUGGGACCCCAAGGCCCCCAGAGCCUGUACGCCCCUAGCACCAUCCGCUACGCUCCCCCCGAGCUGCCCCCCAGCCACCACCACGGCGUCGGACACGGGGACGGGCUGCAGCUGCGCUCAGACCACCACAAGGGGCCCCCGCCGGCCUUCUUCCCCCACCUGCAGCGAUUGGCCGGCUUGCCGCCCUUCAGCGGCUUCUCUCCUUCGGACAGCCCCUUCCCCUCCGGACUUCCCUUCUGUAUGAACGGAUUGCGGGGGGCCGCCGGCUCUGAGGAGGACUGAGAUGAGGAGGGGAAAAAAAAGACGUUGAAGUGUGCAAGUGUCAGGACAUUAAGCCUCGGAGGACGUCGCUAAUUGGACUUGAACGACCACGAUGUUAAAAGUGUGACACAUCGCCGCUGGGGGAACGUUUCUAUCGCCGCCGGACAGGCUGACAGACAGCGACUCUUGGAAACUAAAAAAAAACUAAAAAUAAUAAUCAGAUGGCUUCUGAUUGGAGCUCCCUGGAGACUUUUGCAACAAAAUAAUCAACUCGCCGGACCACUUCUGCGUUUCUUCCACUCAGAGAAGCCAUAUUGUAAAUAGAGACAACAACCAUGAUGACCCUCACACUGCAAGCCCCCCCCCCCAACCCCCACGCCCAUUCUCAACCAUCACCCCAAUUAACCCAAUUAACCCGCUCACAGUAAAAAAAAAAAAAAAAGACACUUGUUGGAGUGGAUUUUUAUUACUGCAGUAUUAUAUAAUUAAUCUCUUUUGGGGUGACAUUUUGAUUCUAGGGGUUCCUUCAAAAUGAAUGGAGGUGAUUUUUGUAUUCUAAUUCAAAAUCGUUACAAAAAAGGAGUCAUAUUAAUUAAAAGCACAUUGUUGGGGACAAACAUAUAAUAACACCCAGACAUUCCAUCAUAUAUAAGGGAGGAAAUGCAAUUGAAACAAAAUGCUUUUUUCUUGACGAGUAAUGUGUCAUAAUAUUUGUGUAUGAAAGCCAUCAUUUCAAUUGUGUUGUUUCCACAUAGAGCACUCUAAAAACAUUUGGGUCAAAAAAAGCACUUUGGGUUUGGUAUUAAAUGAUCCCCAAAACAACAACAAACCCCCAAAGUUGGGUCAAAUUGACCCAAGUAGCAGUCGGUCCAUUUUGACCCAAAUUGGGUUAUCUUUGACACCCACCCCCUAAAAAAAAAAGAAAAAUUGGUUUGUACCAAAAUACCCCCAAAAGUAGCAGUCACUUCUUUUUUUACCCCAGACCGAGUUAUUUUUGACCCAACUGUUUUUAGAAUGAGGCAAUAAAAUAAUCAUUUAGAGGGAAAUUGUCUGAAAAAUAAUUAGGUCAAAAAUAACUCGAAUUAUGUGUCAAAAAGGAACUUUGGGUGUUUGUUGUUUUGUACAAAACAACCCCAAAAAUUGGUGAAUUUUUUUACUGGUUUAUGUUCAAUUUUGACAGGUUUCCUUUAACAUUUUAAAAGGUGGAAAACGUUCUUUUUAUUUUGAGCACUUAACUGAAAAUUCAAACUGGAAGCACUUCACGCAGCUUAACGCGGUCCUGUUAAAACAGAAAACAACGCAAGAGCGCUCGCAAUAUCGUAGCCGCUCGGCCGUGCAGCCGAGGGAAUAAAUAGUCAUUGAUGAAGUAACGGAGCAUAAAAACGGGUCAUAAAAUGACAGCCAUUAAAGUCACAGUCGGGUCAGGAGACACUUUCGGUGUCAGUCGACUGGGGAAUAAAAGCCCCAUCCGUCACUUUUACAUGUGCUGGGGUUUCACUUGAAUAGAAGAGGUAAAAAAAAAAAAAAGGAAACUUCAAGUCAUUUUCACUGAUAGUUUUUACAAAAAAAAAAAGGGACCCAGCCAGAACAGCUAUAAAACUGUGAAAAAUGUGAUGAGAUUUAAAUUAUUCUUUAAAUCUUCACCUAGUUUGAAUACUAGUAUAAAAAUGAAGCCUAUUUGAAUUCUUCAGCACUUUGAAAGCCUGCAAAUAAAUAUGUAAAGUUACACCGACGUUCAUUUUAUCUGCUGUGGUCUGCCUGUUUGUCUUUUUUUUUUUUUUCUUCCCCCCCCACUUCUCAAUUGUGCUGAAAUAUACAAAUUCAGAAAAUGUGAACAAUGUUUGACAUAAUGCACUUGUCAUAAGAGUGAGCACACAGAUUCUGGGAGUGCGUGCGAGUGUGUGUGUGUGUGUGCGCGUGUGUGUGUGCGUGUCAUUUUUAAUUGAAUUAAAUAGCUAACCCUUUUGCCUAUCACUGUGAAUCUAACGUUAUCCUCGCAUCCUUGUGAAUACUCCAGCCGCUUAUCGAACAAAAUGAAUAAUGUAAAGAAAAAAAAAGAGAAGCAGUGAUACAGAUGACAAUAACAAUAAAAUAUUCCAGUUACUA